GGGGAAAAGGGGGGGAGGAAAAAGUGGGCAACUACUUCAAACCAUCCUGGUCCUUCUACCGGGGAGCUGUCGUCAUCAGGACCCCAGUUAUCCCCCCGCGCUCGGCUCCCUAAAUGGACGGGGCAGACUCGGUUUAUGCAGUUCAGCGCAGGCCGAAAGACUGGAAGCAACUUGUGAGGAUCCGCGCCUCUGCUGUCUAGACGGGAGCGCUCAGAAAUGCCCUGCCGCGUCGCACGAGCUCAACUCCGCUGAGCAACUUUUCUCCUGCGUUUCUGCUUUUCUUUUCUUUAAGACGUGGAGAGGAGAACACGACUCAAGGUUUGCAAGAAAAAGAAAGAAGUUGGAGUGUCCGCUCUCACACUCCAGCUGUCGCUAUGGAUUGUAUGUAUUUACUGAUGUGCUUGUCCCUCAGUCAAGUUGUUCUGGAGCAAAUUCUAGCAGCAGAAACACAAGAAAAACUGAGUGAAUACGGUCUAAUUGUGCCAUUCAGCACAGACUCCCAUGGCCGGUACAUUUCUCACGUGCUCUCUGCUGGAAGUGGAAGUAAAAACGCUGCUGCUGCUACUGAAAAUCCCUCUGCUCCUGGCAACAGAAGAAGGGUGGCCCGCAGUGCCCCAGAGAUGCCCUCGGUCACCCCUCACUCAGGUCAGCACUUGUUUUUCAACGUCACUGUGUUUGGAAAAGAACUUCACCUUCGCCUGAGGGCCAACCGGAGGCUGGUGGCCCCAGGGGCUUUUGUUGAAUGGCAGGAGGACUUUGAAGAGAAGGCCAAGGAACGCAUCCACAGGGACUGUGUUUUCACUGGGGAUGUGACUGACAUGCCAGAUGCCUCCGUGGCCAUCAGUAAUUGUGAUGGGUUGGCAGGCCUGAUCAGGACUGAUAACGGCGAGUUCUUCAUCGAACCCCUUGAGAAGGGACAACAGGAUGCUGAAGUGAAGGGGAGAGUACACGUGGUUUACCGCAGAUCGGCCAUUAAGCGAGAGAAAGGCCAGCGGAAAGAGGACUUCCACAACGAAGUAGCAGAUGUUGGAAUCGCAGACCUCACGGCUGCUCUGGAUCUCAUCGAACACAAACUUUCAGAGUCUGAACGUAAGAGGAGACACGCCAAGAAAGACAACUACAACAUUGAAGUGCUGCUGGCUGUGGACGACUCGGUGGUGCGCUUUCAUGGAAAGGAGCAUGUGCAAAAUUAUGUCCUCACCCUAAUGAACAUCGUUGAUGAAAUCUACCACGAUGAGUCUUUGGGAACUGAUAUCAACAUUGUCCUUGUCCGGAUGAUAAUGGUUGGGUAUCGGCAGUCUAUAAGCCUGAUCGAGCGUGGCAACCCAUCUCGCAGCCUGGAGCAGGUGUGCCGAUGGGCCAACACGCAGCAACGACGUGACCCAGACCAUGCCGAAUAUCACGACCACGCCAUCUACCUCACAAGGCAAGAUUUUGGUCCUGCAGGUAUGCAAGGUUAUGCUCCUGUGACCGGGAUGUGUCACCCACUGAGGAGCUGCACUUUGAACCACGAGGAUGGCUUCUCCUCAGCCUUUGUGGUCGCUCAUGAAACUGGCCAUGUUUUGGGUAUGGAACACGAUGGCCAGGGGAAUCGUUGCGCCGAUGAGACCAGUAUGGGCAGCAUCAUGGCACCGCUCGUCCAGGCAGCUUUCCAUCGUUACCACUGGUCACGCUGCAGCAAGCAGGAGCUCAACAGAUACAUCCAUUCUUAUGAUUGCCUACUGGACGACCCCUUUGAGCACAAAUGGCCCAAGCUUCCCGAGCUUCCUGGGAUAAAUUAUUCAAUGGAUGAACAGUGCCGCUUUGAUUUUGGCGUUGGUUAUAAAAUGUGCACAGCUUUUCGAACCUACGACCCGUGCAAGCAGCUGUGGUGCAGCCACCCUGACAACCAGUAUUUCUGUAAAACCAAAAAAGGUCCUCCUGUAGAUGGGACAGAGUGUGCACCAGGGAAGUGGUGCUUUAAGGGCCAUUGCAUCUGGAGGUCCAGUCAGGAGCCUCAGGGACACGAUGGCAGCUGGGGCUCCUGGUCCAAGUUUGGGUCUUGCUCCAGAACAUGCGGGGGUGGAGUUCGAUCCCGCAGCCGACAGUGCAACAACCCUCCGCCCGCCUACGGUGGCCGGGACUGCCCUGGUUCUGCUUUCAACUACCAGAUGUGCAACACAGAAGAGUGUGCUGGUCCGUAUGAGGACUUCCGUGCUCAGCAGUGCAUCCAGAGGAGCAAUAAGUACCACAAUAAUGUCAAGCACUCCUGGCUGCCACAUGAGCACCCGGAUGAGGCCCGUAAAUGUGAGCUGAGCUGCAAGUCGAAGGAAACAGGAGAGGUGGUGUUCAUGAACCAGGUGAUGCACGAUGGCACAAGGUGCAGCUAUUCAGACCCCUUCAGUGUGUGCGCUCGAGGAGAGUGUCUGCAUGUAGGCUGUGACAAGGAAGUCGGCUCUUACAAAGAAGAGGAUAAAUGUGGAGUUUGUGAGGGGGACAACUCCCACUGUCGCACAGUCAAGCUGACCCUCACCAAAACCCCCAAAAUGAAUGGAAUGCUGAAAAUGUUUGACAUCCCCAUGGGAGCUCGCCACAUAAUCAUCGAGGAGAAUGAGACCACCCCUCAUAUAGUUGCUGUGAAGAAUCAGGUCACUGGGAAUUUUAUAUUAAAUGAAAAAAGCGACAACACUGAAUCCAAGACCUUCAUUGAAAACGGUUUACAGUGGGAGUACUCCAACGACGGAGCAAGGGAGACGCUGAAAACAGCAGGUCCUUUACAUGAAGGCAUUGUAGUUUUGGUCUCUCCGAUGGAAGAAGACGUGAAAAUUAGUUUGACAUAUAAGUACAUAAUACACGAGGACCUGCUGCCACUCAUUACCAACAACAAUGUGCUUCUUGCUGAACUGGACACUUAUGAGUGGGCGCUGAAGAGCUGGUCUCAGUGCUCCAAACCUUGUGGAGGAGGAAUACAAUAUACAAAAUAUGGAUGCAGGAGGAAGAGUGACAGUCGAUUAGUCCAUCGCAACUUCUGUGAGACCAGUAAAAAGCCCAAACCCAUCCGGAAACGCUGUAAUAUACAAGAAUGCAACCAACCCACGUGGGUGGUUGAAGACUGGAGCCCCUGCAGUAAGACAUGUGGGAAACUUGGCUACCAAACCAGGGUGGUGCAGUGCAUGCAGUCGCUCCAUAACAGCACCAACCGGCCCGUCCACAGCAAGCACUGCACCAGCGAUCGCCCAGAAAUGAGGAGAGUAUGUAACUACACUGCAUGCCCCGCCCAGUGGAGGACAGGGGCGUGGUCUCAGUGUUCAGUAACCUGUGGCGAAGGGAUUCAGCAGAGGCAGGUGGUUUGCAAGACCAGCGACAACACCGCUGGAGAAUGUGAGGGCGAGAAGCCAGAAACAGUCCUAAUCUGCAAACUAAAUCUGUGCCCAGGAUCGCCGUUUUCCCCACUCAUUACCCAAACACCUGAAAAUUCUUCUAUGAAGGAUGAAGCUGUUUACCAAAAGGUUCCUGGAAAUCCAGUUCACAAAAUCUCUUCCAACGAGCCAUGCCUGGGGGAUAAAUCCAUCUUUUGCCAGAUGGAGGUCCUCGCGCGGUACUGCUCCAUCCCUGGAUAUUACAAGCUUUGUUGUGAGUCAUGCAACAAGAGAGAAGGCCUCACCACACAAGUUCCUGACCCUGAGGCCUUUGACCUCUCUCACCAUGCAUCACACAAGGCUUCGUGGAUAGCCACCACGACCGAGACGCCGACACAAACCACUAAAGCCAUCAGACGACGGCUGUUCUCCACUGCAUGGGCACCGACCACAGCUGCUGCUGUUCAAGCUCCAACGGAAGCUGCUCUGCUCCAAAAUCCCUCUACCAACUCCUCUCCAACUGAAGUAAAGAGAGAGUCCAACAUGGAGACUUUUCUACCUCCAGGGUCAUCAAAGCCCACUGCAGACUCCGAUGGAGGUGCAUCAAAAGAGCACAAUCCAAAGAGCACUUUAGGCACAUUUGCUGCCGGUUCAAGAAGGGACAACUUAGGAUCAGAGAGGGACUCUAGUUACAGAAGCUCGUCGGCUCAGAAAUGAACGGUGAGCGGUGCUGCGAGUGUGCUGCAGUUGGACUGUCCCAGAACUCGGCUCACUCUUUGUUUAUUUUUUUGGCAGAUAUGUUUUUUAUUAUGAUUAUUUUCUGUAUGUUGUCUCCAUGCCAGUGAACCCAGACAAACCCAGUGAUGGUUACCUCAUCAAAACUCCAGAGCGUUUGGGAGCAUUUUAAUAUGAAACAGGAGAAAAACAACAAAACAAAAGGUGCUGUACAGUAAAGUGACUACAAGAUGUUUGAAUAUGUGAUGACUGCAUAGCUACAUUCCUGUUUUUAUCUGUGUACAGUUAUGUAAGCCUGCUUUUAUUUCAAGUGCUUUAGAACUACUAUUGAACUUGGAUUGUGAACAUGGAGGUGAUCACUGAACACUCUUUGGUGUGGCACCAGACAGAUUAUUGACCCUGUUCAGUUCAGAAUAUUAUAAUUGAUCAAAUUAAAUUAAUUAAAAAUGAGUCUACUCUAAAAUAAAUCUGGCAUCAUCCUUACAUCCUCUUAAACAGAAUUACAAAGAAUUGUCUGUAAAACAUCCAAUAAUCUGUCAAUCAGCUGAAAACUAGAAAGGCACAAAAAAAACGAUCGUAUUAGAUAUUUAUAAUUGUCCCAUUAACACUUGAGUCUGGACAAGUAUUUUAGAGUUUGUGUAAUUUUUUUUGGUGCACUUAAAACAUUACAAAAAAAAACGAUAAAUGAGUUAAAUUUUAAAGGCUUUUCUGUCGUGAGAUCUUAAAGACCUUUGACCUGUUUUAUUUAUUUGUUUAGUUAAAGUCUCCAUUUGACAGAUAAUGCCAUGGCAGAAUGCUAAGAGGACAUUUUCUGUUUCUUUACAGAAAAUUAUCAUGUUGUAGCUCUAAAAUAAACGAGAAACAAAUGAAAAGGUGCAAUAAAGCCUAAAAUUUAAGAAAAAAACUGAGAAAUAAAAGGUUUGAUGAGACUAAAGGCUUUUGAUGAGUAGAAAUAACAUAAUUUACACAUCAUUUUAAUUAAUAAGGUGACCAGUACGGACACAUUUUGUUUGGCGUAAGAAAGAAGAACAAGCUGCAUUCAUGUCAUUUUGCCAUCAUUUGGCCACUUAUUGAAUGAAUGUUCACAGAGAGACAGCUGUUCGGUCAAUAAUGUUGUCUAGUGGCACGCCAAAGAUUGAAACGGUCAUCACUCCUGGCAGGGAGCCUUGUGGUUUCUCUGUUUCCGUUACUUUUUUUUUUUAAUCCAACACAACAGUGGUAUAAGAAGUCUGUUUGCAAGCUAACCCCUGAUGUACUGUAGCAUCUCCUUCAUCUCUACGUGGUUGAGUCUGUCACCCAACAGUAUAAAAACUGGAAAAAAAGUCUAACAGAACGUGCUAUGAUAUUUUUGUAACUCCUUCAGAUCUCAGAUCAUGUAAAUAGUGUAAAUUUCACGUUAUGAAAGUCGUAUGUUGCAGCUGGAAAAUACGGUGUGCCUGGUCGGGCUGCUUGAGGCUUCAUAUUUCCAUCAUGUUCAUUGUAUAGUUCCUGUAUAUACAUGAAUGAAAGCUUUAAAUGGUAUUUAUUGAAUUUCUAAGUUGUGUGAUGAGUGAAGUAAACUACAGUGUACAGAAAAAAACAUUCUUGUUGUUUUAACCUUCCUCCAUUAAGCUUUUACUGUUGUUUUAAAAAGAAAUGGUUUCUUUUGCAAUUUCAGGACAGAAUUUUUUUUUAGAUUAAGUUUCCUUGAAUUAUUGCCUCCAUUACAAGCACAGGUUCAGUCAAAUUCAAACCGUUUUAUCAGCACAAAUGUAGAUAAAGCAGUAAACAUGUACACACUCAAGCACUUUAUUCAAUGUAUCCAGUUGUUUGCAGGGCGUCGUGCAUCAAGAGACAAGUGAUGGCUCUGAAACAGGAAAUGAGGUUUACAUGACACGUGACAUUAAUUCCUAUUGUAAGCCAGCUUCCUUCUGCCAGGCUGGCGCUGGUCUCCGGCAGCUCUCUCUCCAAAUGGUGCAGCCGGUCUGUCACCAAGAGCUCCGUCUCCCAGUGCUCCUCCGUCAGUGAUGACUAAGUGGUGCUGCUGCUGCAGCACGGCUGCCAUGAAGACUCGGUCAUCUCAGGCUGAAAUGCCUGCGGAGGUGUUGUGUGAAAUCCAGCUGUGCUCGAGGCAGAGCCUGAUUGACGAUGGACUUAGGCAGCCAGCCCUGCAAGAAAAAUGUUACCUUUAUUAGAGCCUGGGAUUGAGCGUUUGUCAACAAUAGAACACUCAUUUCCUGCAUGUUUUAUUUGACUUGUCAUUGAAAAGUAAACAUGCUUCUUCAAAGGUAGAAUGGGUUAAGAAAAUAGAUAGCAACAUUUUACAAGACGCAGGUUUUUAGGUUUUGCACCAAUCAGCUUGAACAAAUUCUUAUAAUUUAGCAUCAUCCUGGGGUUUCUUGAAUGCAAUGUUCUGUCUUCACAUAUGUUCUGUGUGCGGAGAGGAAUGAUUAUUGCUCAAGACCAAUUUUUAAGUGUUUUAAACGUGAUUAAACGGCAUGUCUGCUCCCCCAGCAUCCUUGGCCCCCUCUCUCCUGAUUCCAUAUCUCAGUCACCAGAUGACGUGAUAGCACGUUCUUAUCCUGUAAACAUUUCUUAUCUCAAAAAUGUGUGUUCCACAUCGAAUCAGAGGGAUAUGAGGCAUCUAGGUUUGUUGUGGGAGAGUUUGAACAAGGUGGAUGAACUUUACCCCUGCAGGAUGUUACAAGUCAUGCUUUCAUGAGGAAAUCUGUCAUAGAAUUAAUCUAUAAUCGUCCAAACUUAACCUCACUGAUCAUUUUAUGGUUUCUGAGUUACUAAAAAAAGUAUAAACAUGUUUACUAGAAAUUUAUGACAAUCGGUGAGAAGAACUUGGGACAUUUCUAUUCAAACCAAGUCUCUUUCACGUUUAUGUACAAAAACUGAACUAUUCCUGUAAGGACGCUGGUCACGUUACAGCUUUUAUAUUUAGUGACAAAAUAAAAAAGGUCAUGAAAA